GUACGUCAAUGUUAGCGGCGAACCAGUCAGCGGCAGGUAAACAAACCUGCGAGCCAUACAAAGCGAAUUACCCGUAUGAUAGUGUUAUUUCAUUUAAUGAUCGUGGCGACGGUGAAGACGUACUAAAGUCAUAUACGUCUGCUGUGCGACCGCUUCAAUGGAACCAAAGCCGAUGCUUUGCUUCAGAUAAGCACUAAAUGGGAAAGACGCUAACAACGCGUUGUGUGCAGGCAGCUGUCGACACUGACGCAGGAUGCGCUGCAGCACAAAAUGCAUGUUUACAUCCUUAUUGUCACAGUAGAGCAUCUGAUCGCCAAUUUCAGCUAGAGUGCUAUUUAAUUUAGCAGUCUCAAAUGACAGUUACCAAACUGCAACAUGGGACCCAUCAUCCAGGAGCGCGCAACAUCCACGACACUGAAACGCGUCGUUUCCAAAGAGAAGAUCCGGUUGAAAAACACUGAAAAUAGCGGAGCAAACACCAGUUCAAAGAAAGGUAAGCAGAUGAAGAAAGCCAGCCAAAUGAAGAGCGGCCUGCCAGGACCGGGUCAGGAUAUAGACCACGCUGGAGCAGUGCAGAGGCCAAGGACUUCUGAGUUGAAAACUUGCAGCUCUCGGAAUACAAGCAAACUCUCCAGCCUGGCAGAAGAGCGAGAUGUCAGACAUGUGAACGUGCACAGACACGAGGAGAGGAGGACGUCCCACUGCAGCACCCAACUUCAGCAGAAUCAUCACAGGGGGAUGGGUAAAAAUCGGCAAGCCCUCUCUCUGCCCCUGUCCCCUAUAUCAGGACUACGACACAUGCCAGAGCACCCGCUAACUCAUUCCCCCACCCCCGUCCAAGAGGCCCUUCACGACCCUUACAAGGUUGAUGACAGUGAUAGUGCCAGUGACCUGUCGGACUCGGAGAGGCUGCCCGUGCUGCCAUCACCUUGUACUCCCUGCACGCCGCCUCAUUUAAAUCUCAGAGCUGAGGUCAUUAACUCCAACGACUUUCCACCAGACAUCCCAGGACCGCAUGAGAAUGGUAGUGAUGAAGACAAGAAGAGUGAGAUGCCUACCAACUCUUAUCCAGACUUUCUGCCUCCACCCUUCAACACCUGGAGCCUUAGACAGCUUGCAGUGUUUCUCAAUACGGAGGGUCGUGGUGCUCCCAGGCCCAAGCCAGUCGGGCCUUUGGAGAGGUUCCUGGAGAGACUACUGCAGCUCGAGUGGCUCCAGAUUCAAACAGUGCAAACAGAAAGCAGCCGUCCAGCUGGGAGACACGUGAGACCACAGGUCACUACAGGGCCCUUACCCAGACCUCACACAGCUCCAUCAUCACGGCUUAAUUCCCCAAAAGGGGCGCGACACAGCCAGCGAGCCUUCCCAUGUCUCAUCAAUCCGCCAUCUCCUGUUUCUUUUGCCACCCAACACCAGCUCUCCCACCUGCCAGUUUGCCCACACUGUCACAUUCGCUAUCCACUGUGCAAUGGGAGUUGUUCAGCCUAUGCCUACCAGAGCCACUCACGUCUCAGCCCACUGCUCGAGCGAAGAACCCGACGGGGAGCGCCCAUCAAGAGGAGUUGCAGCGAGACGCAAGAAGCUGCCAAAGAAGGUAGGAGCCAAGGAGCACAAGGUGGAGGUGGAGGUGGAGCCCAGAUCCCAGUCAGUCCCUCAGCAGGAAGGAACCAUCUCAGGCACAUGGAGGCAGCAGGCAAUGCCCGAAAGCAACCCCAGGAAUCUGGAAUGAAGUCAAAUGGUAGAGGUCAGACAAGGAAGAGCCAAGUCAGAGCUAACGCUGGGACCGAUGUGAAGAAGGAUCCCAGUACCAUCAAAGUGGUCGGAGCAGAGAAAACGGUUCCAGGGUCAAGUAAGAAAGAGGCCCUCGCCACAAAGAAAUUAGAGAAGGACUGGCAGAGGACGGAAGCAGGAGGUCAGACAUCUAAGACCACCAUGAAAAGAGCUGCUAAAGAUACACAGUCUCUCUCCAAGGCUCCACUUCGUGGCAAAACAAAAAAUGCCCACUCUACUGCAAAGUAACGCUUCCAGGCCUAUAAUGCUUUCCUCUGUGAUCACUUGGCAGUCUAGCUUGAACCUUAGCUUGCUUUCUGUGUAAUACUAACAUGUUAUAAUGUUUUGCUGCAGUCCAAAUCACCUUCAAGAGUUUGAGCAGCUAUGUAACAAUAUAACCACCAGGACUUCAUAGCACAGUACAUGAAACAGUAAGUUAACAUCAGUGUUGCAACUGAGUAACACUGUGUACUCCCGAAUCUGAAUACAGUACUCAGCUUUAUGCAAAUGAUCAAAGCUGCACAGCUUAGUUAUUUCGUAUGCUACCAAUGUUGAAAAAUUCAAUAAAACUGGCAUCGAUUGGCCAGCUCUCAUCUUGGUGACGGUUAUCAGCAACUGUUUCCACCACUAUGUACUAUAAUAGACAUCACUCACUAGUAGAGGUCUUUUAAUGUCUGUUUUCAGUGUUUUAUUGUUCUCUUUUUUAUUUGUAUUAUUUACGGUGCCUCACUUCGAUCUUUAGUUCCUCAUUUUUAAGAUGUGUUCUUUUGAGUUCACUGCAUCUUUGUCUGAGAAGCAGAUUGAUGACUAAAUGGUAGCAUGCUGCAGGAAUGGGAUUGUUUCAGAUGUGCAAUAGUUUUCAAUUUUGUUCAAAAGGGCUUUUAGUGUAUUGACAGUGUGGAUUGUUGUCUAUGAAAAAUGAAAUGUAUUUUGCAUAGAGCUGAGCUCUUGAUGUAAUUAAAGACAGUGUAAUGUUUGCUAUCAAUAUAAAUGCAUAUUUUUCCAAAUUUGAUACAUCGUAGUUAUAUACUUAUGUAUUUUGGUGGACCUGUAUUCAUCAUUGUCAUUAUGUUUACAUUGUCAUACACAUCAAAAUAUUAAGUAAAAGACAACAGAAUGUCUACUUUGCUGUAUCGUUGUGAUUCAAAAGGGGAUAUGGUAAUAUGUACACACUGCUGGAACAUUGCACUGUACACUUUAAGACUUAACAUGUUUUACAAUAGUGCAUCCAUGUGUUUUACCACAUUUGCUUGAAUCAAACUUCAAGGUGAUAUGCAUAGAGAUUGCACCUUAUUAACUAUCCAAGCCAUGUGAUGUAAACAAAGAUGGUGGUUAUUUUUCUUUAAAAGGUGAAAGUUAAUAGUUGUUCGUCAUAGAAAAAGUGUUCCAUUGGCUGCUUAUGUGAACAAAUGAACAAACUUGGUGCAGUGCUUAUAAGAUAUUUUAUUACAAAUAUUAAGAUUAUAUUAAGAUAUUCAGUUAUUCAAUUGCCAGAGUAAAGUAUCUUGAGUCGACCAUUAAUUCUCAACUUGUGGGUCGUGACACAAAAAUGGGUCGCAGGUAUUUGCAUGGGAAGAAAAAUGUACUGCUUUUGUCUGUGCCAUUCGCUUGCUAUGCUAUGUCGUGUUUAUGGGUGACUGUUAAAGUUGACCGGGAUGGCAAGGACACGGGGGAAGGUUACAUGCUGUCCGUCCGACACAUCCAGUAACUGAAGAUAUCUGCUGGAGAUGUGUUACUGAGGCUUUGACGGUCGGUACCACAGCCAAACCAGCUGAGAACCACUGUUGGAGACUAGCUUUACAGAGUCAAAAGUAUUCAAAAUAUGACCCAGCAUGUAACCUACUUGCACACGACAGGGACUUUAAUGCCCAAUCUGCCAUUUUGAGUUCUUUUGUAGCACAUCAAUCCGCCUGGGCUGGAAAUUGUUUAAAAAUGUGUUUUUCCCUGUCAUUCAUACAUCCUGCAAAAAAAAAACAUACAAAAGUAUAACAGGCUGUAUGAUGGAUUGAUACAUUGUGAAACAGUAAGCCUGAAUACCUUACCUAAAUGUGUGUUUGCUCUUAAACGUGAACAACCAAAUACUUCUGGGUCAGCAUCCUCUCUAUAGACAGGCCCAUCGUUCCACAUGAGGUCAUAUCCACCCACCCUCUUCUCCUUCCCAGUCAACCUAAGGAGGUGCAACACUGUUGAUGUGUGCAGUCUUGUCAAUCUCCCAUUCAUAACUGUAUAAAGCCUCAGUCACAACUGGUCAUACGGGCUCCUAGGCCGGCUCCAGAAAUUCAAUGUCAUGUCAAUAAAAAUCAUACAUCCGGUUGUGACCUG